AUGGGCAAUGAUGAAGAAGACAAAGGUAUGGAGGAGGAAGAAAUACCCAUCCAUCAAAGCAUUGCCAAAGGGCCACAAAAACAUGUGGAGAAACACAAUCCAAUCCCAAAAGUUGUGCAACCUUUACCCAAAAUAUCUCCUCCAUUUCCCCAACGCCUCAAGAAGAAGAAUGAGGAUGAAAAGUUCAAGAAGUUUUUAUUGGUUUUCAAGACAUUAUCAAUUAAUCUCCCUCUAGUGGAGGCAUUGUUGGAGAUGCCAGGUUAUGCCAAGUUCAUGAAGGAGUUAGUCACCAAGAAAAGAAGUUUGGACAUGAAACAAUUGAAGUCUCUCAUAGUUCAACUUGGAUUGGGUGAACCAAAGUCCACAACAAUGAGGCUUUUGAUGGCCGAUCGAUCUAUCAAGCACCCUAUUGGGAUACUUUAUGACAUCUUGGUAAAGGUUGAUAGAUUCAUUUUCCCGGCUAAUUUUGUCAUUCUCGAUUGUGAAAUAGAUGUUGAAAUUCCUAUCAUUUUUGGAAGACCAUUCUUAGAAACCGGGAGAGCAUUGGUGGAUGUUGAAAUAGGAGAACUGAAGUUCCGGGUAAACGAAGAUGAAGUAACCUUUAAUGUUUAUAAGUUAAUAAAGCACCCAAGCAAUAUUCAUGUGGUCUCUACUAUUGAUGUUAUUGAUGAGGCGGUGGCUAAUGUGAGCCAUUUGAUGUGUAUGAGUGAACCACUUGAAGCCGUGCUUGUUAACUAUGAUGAGUUCUAA